GUCCACGCGCGGUGAACGUAGUCCCGUAACAGGUGCUACAAUUUACUAGCAGCCACCCAGAACUCAUGAUGCAAUACUGGCAUAAUCAAAUGUAAUCAGGAGAGAAUUAUAGGUAUCGUGUAUCCGUGUUUAUAUCUACUUAGGUUGGAUUGCAUGCAUUAUUAUGACAACAAAGCAGGCAUGACACCCGGCGUCACCUGCGAGCUCUAUAUUUAGUAAAGCAAAAAGGCACCUCCAUUUUAUACAUUGUAGUCGUGUGUUUUACAGUUUGGGUAAACAUACAGGUAAAGCACCACUGUACCUGAGGACGGCCAUUAAUGGAAAAUUUCUGCAAAUCUUAGCAUUAUCUGAUGGAUAGAGAUAUUCGGUUAUCAACAGACGCAAUUUAACCAAGACAAGUAUAAUCUAACCGAUUUUAAAAAUAUAAUUUGGAUAAAGAUACCACAACAGCUCAUCUUUAAGAAAACAAAAUGACGACAGUACGCCCUGAAACCACGGAAAAUAUUGAGCCAAUUCCUGGACGUCACAAUAACCAGGCAAUACUGCAAGUUAUAAACGAAAAAAUAUUAGAAAAGACAGACAGGCGUCCCUUCUAUAUUGUCAAUUUGAAUGACAUCGUUAACAAGCACAAGCACUGGGUGGAACUGAUGCCACGUGUCAAACCCUUCUACGCCGUGAAAUGUAACAACACUGAGCCAGUCGUGAAGACCAUUGCAGCACUUGGGGCGGGGUUUGACUGCUCCAAUAGCGCUGAAUUCCAGCAGGUUCUAACCCAUGGGGUGGGAACAGAUCGGAUUAUAUAUGCCCAUCCCUGCAAAGAUCCCCAAGACAUUAAACGUGCCUCAGAACAAGGAGUCGACCUUAUGACCUUUGACAACGAGUAUGAGUUAGUCAAGGUAAAGAAUCUCUAUCCAGAUGCAAGACUUGUGUUACGCAUUCACCCGCGAGUUGACAAGACUAGGUAUACAUUUGGCAAGAUGUAUGGUUGUGCCCUCGACCAGUGCAAUGAACUAAUUGUGAGGGCAAAAGAAAUGAAACUGACGGUCGUGGGUGUCAGUUUCCAUAUCGGUGACACUUGUUUUGAUUCCAUGGCCUACCAAAACACCAUACGAUUGUGCCGUGAGAUCUUUGAUGAAGCCAAAGCCAUUGGCUACAACUUCAGUUUACUGGACAUCGGUGGAGGGUUCCCCGGUUAUGCAGUCAAAGGCAAACCAACAUUUGCUGAUGUUGCCAAAGACAUAAACACGGCUCUGGACGAAUAUUUCCCCAAGGAAGAAAAUGUUGUUGUCAUUGCUGAACCUGGAACAUACUACGUUCAGUCGGCCUUCACCUUGGCACUUAGAGUUAUCGGUAAACGAGUUUUACGCUCGGCAGCCUCGGACAUGGACCACGAACAGUCGUUCUUGUACUACCUCAAUGACGGGAUUCAUGGGUCAUUCUUUUUCACAGUGCUGGUUGACAAAGCGAUUCCAGGUUUUCGUGUUAUUAAGGACCAAAAACAAAUGCCGGUCUAUCAAUGCACCGUGUGGGGUCCAACACUCGACCCCAUUGACUGCCUGGCAAACGACAUCCAACUGCCCGAACUGGACAUCGGAGACUGGUUGUACGUGCCAAACAUGGGGGCAUACACUAUCGUAGCAGUAACCUCCUUCAACGGGACAGCCCGACCGGAUUUAUUCUACCUUGCAUCAGGUGAAAUCCCCUCUGAAAUUGGCGUUUAA